AUGAUGACAGUAGGCGUGGCUAUUAUUGGAGGUGGCAUCUUCGCUAGGGAAGAACACCUUCCGGCCGUCCGGGCAUCGAAAGACUUGACCUUAAAGGCGGUGUACUCGAGGUCCUUGAAAAGCGCGCAAAGCCUUGCCGUCGACAGCGACGUUCAACUCUACUCUGACGACUCAGGCUCUGGUAAAAGCUGCGCUGACCUCUUGAAACGAUCGGAUGUCCAGGCCGUCAUCAUAGCUCUUCCCAUUCCCAAGCAGGCCGAAUACAUUCGUCUCGCAUUAUCCGCUAGCAAGCAUGUUUUGUCGGAAAAGCCCAUAGCAGAGAACGUCAAAGACGCUCAGGAGUUAAUCAGUUGGUACUAUGCCAACAUUGACAGCAAGAAGGUGACGUGGAGCGUUGCGGAGAACUUUCGUUACCUCGCCAGCUUCGAGUAUGCGCGAGAGCAGGUGCAAAAGGCCGGGCGACUUCUCGGGUUCAGGGCAAAGAGGUAUUCCAUGGUCAAGGGAGGGAAAUACUUUGAAACCGAAUGGCGUAAAAAUCCUACCCAUCAAGGGGGCUUUCUCCUCGAUGGGGGUGUACAUGUCACGGCAGGCUUACGGCUCUUACUGGGUCCUGAGAACACCAUCACCCGUCUAUCGGCGUUUUCAGCUCAAUUACAGAAACAUCUGCCUCCGGUGGACACCAUUGAUGCCGCCAUGAAAACAAAGUCCGGCGCCACUGGUACCUUUUCUGUCUCAUUCGGCACAUCCUUCACGGGGUAUGAAUUCAAUAUAGCUUGCGAAGGUGGUACUGUCAGUCUUUCCGUCUUCGGGUCUACUGUAACUACAGUCGUCGAGGGUAAGGAAGAGAAGAGUGUAGUCGACGAUGAAAGGACAGGCGUCCCGCCUGAGGUGAGGAAGUGGGGAGAAGCGCUGGCGGCGGGGCAAUGUAAUGAGAAGCAGAGACCGGAAGAGGCUUUGGCAGAUCUGGAGCUGUUGGAAAAUAUGCUCAGAAGCGAUGGCGAACCCUUGGAUUGUAUAUUGCAGAUAUGA